AAGACGAAGUACGCGAACAGCCAAACACAAGCAAAGCAACCAUUUUGUUAUACAACAAAGGAUUUUAUCAAAAUGAAGUCUUUCUACUGUUUGGACUUUAUCAUUUGUUCGACUGUUGUUGUCGUGGCUUUAGCUGGAUUUUCCGAAGCUGAAUUGGAUCAAAAAAACCGUCGCACCGCUGGUGGACCAUCCGGACUCAUAGCCUUCCCCCGCGUCGGGCGCAGCGAUCCAAACCUGGUCAAUAAUUUGCAUGAAGCUGACAUCUCAGCGCUCAGCGAUGGCAUGUAUCCCGCCUCGUUGGAAGACUAUGAAGUUGAAUAUCCGAAAAGUGAAAUAAAGCGCGCCAGCUUGAUUGCCUUCCCACGGGUGGGACGCACCGAUGCGGAGUUAAGAAAAUGGGCGCGUAUUAUGGCGUUGCAGCAAGCCCUGAACAAGGGCACUGGCCCCAGCGCUACUUCAGGCCUAUGGUUCGGCCCACGUUUGGGUAAGCGUAGCGUUGAUGCACAAGUAAAACAGCAACAACAACACAAUUCAAAGGCCAGUGGCCAGAAAGAGCUUUAUUAGGCUAAAGGAUAGCAACAAAAAGAACAACACUAAUGACGAUGACGACACUCUGCGGAACCCACUUGGAUAAACGAGUUUUAUGUAUCUACUGGAACAAUGCAAACUGUAAAAUUAUAUGGUAUUUAAGAUAAAAUAAAAUUAGUUUUUUUAGGUAAGAAUAAAAAAAUCUAUUAAAAACUUAACGGACGAAAAGUGGCACAAGAAUUUUAUUAAUAAUUAAAAAAUAAAAUAUUUUAGCUAGAAAACGUUUGCGAUAGGAAAAUGUACAGGAUGCGUAAAAAAACAUUUAAACUGAAAGUAAUCAAAUAAAAAAAAAAUAUUAAGAUAACAGUUUUAGAAUUUGUUGAUUUU